AUGGACAAAGAGCAAGUAUUCUUAGAAGAAAAGGCCAGUAAAGAGUGGGAAGAAAAAUGGGGAUUCAUAAAAGAUUUCGAAAAGCUCUGCAUAGAAGUGGCGGCUAAGCGUGGAAUAUCGGAGGAGGAAUACAAAAGGAUGACGAAGAUGAAGUACAGGAGCACAAAUAACGGGAGUCUGUCGUUAGGGAACGCGGCGGCAACGAAGGAGAUGGGGGAGUGUGACGUGAAGCCGUCUGGACCAGUGCCAAAAACUACUUCAGGUUUUAUUGGAUGGCGAUCCAGCGAUUUUUCCAAUAACUUGGAGAAGUUUCCCAUGUAUGUAAGUCCUCGACAUACCCUGUAUCCCCCCGAUUUACCACCACCUUUACCAGUUUAUAGUAUAAUGUUGGUGUAA